AUGCCUUCGAAUGUGCCGGGCCCCAGAGUUGGACAGGUCCAGAGGGUCCUCAAAUCGAGCGAUGGCACAGAGAUAUUCGCGAGAGCGACAGGCCGGUCGGACAAUCCCAGCCUCGUUUUCGUCCAUGGGUUGGCGUUCAGCGGAAUGGUGUGGGAUGAGUUGUUCAAGGACGAGACUUUGUUGAGGCAGUUUUAUCUGGUCUCGUAUGAUAUGAGGGGUCAUGGGAGAAGUGGAAAGCCGAAGAGGGAGGAAGAUCAUGCUUCAACACUUUAUGCCGACGAUUUUGCGGCGGUCGUAAAGGCGUUCAACCUUAAAUCGCCUAUUCUUAUCGGAUGGAGCUUAGGAGGGACCGUGGCCUGCGACGUCUGCGCUCACCUACCCAACACCAUCUCAGGAAUCGUCUAUGUAGCGGGACUGCCUUACAUCGGACCAGUGAUGAACACAAUCGCGACUCCAAAAAUUUUGGGGAUGCUGCCCGGGUUUUUCUCGACCGACGACGUGGUCUAUUCCGCCACCACCAAGAUUGAAUUCAUCGACAUCAACUUUAAGGAUCCGAACAGUGUCCUCGUCAGCGUUAAAUGGGCUUGGUUGGGGGCAACUGUCAUGCAAGGUCCUGCUGAUAGCCAACUUGUGCUGUCUCGCGCCCAGGAUCCAGAGAAGCUGCACCAGGCGGGGUUAGCAGGGCUCCCGCUGCUCUUGAUCAAUGCAUCCGCAGACAAGCUCAUCCAAGGAGAUGUUGUGGAGAAGACGGUGAAGCCGUAUUUCAAGGACUUGGAGGUCCAUACGGUAGAAGGUGGAAGCCACGUUAUGUUCUACGAGGAUCAGGAGGAGUUCGUCCAGGUGUUGAUGCGGUUCGCCAAAAGAGUUUAUAGAAAGAAGCUCCCUGGUAGUAAACUGUAG